AUGAACGUCAAUGAAGUAUAAUUUGGAAAUUGGAAUCAGAAAACGAGACGUGCGCGAGGGAGUUUGUCGAUUGUUAUUUGUUCAUUAUUUGUCAGAAUUUUCUACGUAACUUUUUUAUAUUGCAGUGCCGCGUACAGCACGAUGUUCCGCGAAGAAUUUACCGCAAAUACAUAACAAAGCCUGUGUUUGUUUUAAAUUGUGAUCUAGUGCUGUGAUGAUGGCUCGUUUAACUGAGGAGAUGGUGAUCGCUCGAUCGAAGCAGUCGGAUUUAUCGGCGAUAAAGAAGCUCAAUUGCUGGGGCGCGGAGCUGGGCGACGUGACCUUGCUGCGAAGGAUGCCAAACGUAGAAGUCCUCGCUUUAAGUAUCAACAAAAUCAGGACGCUGGGCGAUUUCGCGGGCUGCCGGCGUCUCCGGGAGCUUUACAUCAGGAAAAACGAGAUCAGGGAGCUGAACGAAAUCCGUCAUCUGAGGCAUUUACCGGACCUGACCAACCUCUGGCUGGACGAGAACCCCUGCACGCAACAUCCCGAGUACAGAAUGACGGUGCUGAGGAACCUGCCGAACUUGGAGAAGCUAGACAAUGUGCCAGUACAACCGGACGAGGUCCAGGAGGCGAUGCGCCGCGGGGCCCACAUCCCGGACUCUGACGACGAAGGCUACCCCCAACCGCAAGAAACGUACAGUCAGUACAGACGGCAGAGGUCGUGCGAGUCCAGUCCGGAGCGGGAGUCGGAGCAGUUCUACACCAGACCACCGAACAAUAGGCUUGAACAGACCGCCGGCAGCGACAGCUCUGAGGGCGCGGACCAGCUCGAGGCGCAGCGCCUGGACGCACCCCAGUGCCCGAUGUCGCCGACGCGUCGCACGACAGUCGCCAGAGUGUCGCCUGAUUCUGACGAGCGAUACGAGCACCCCGCCAUGACGAGAUCUCACUAUGAACACCGGAGUGGUCCGCGGUCCCCGGACAGCGGCACACUGCGGCACUCCUUCUCGGCACAGUCUGUCAAGGAGUAUUCGUAUUCGUCUAACGGCGAGUGCAGACAGGGCGCGGGGGGUGCGGGGCCGGCGGGGGGCGUGGUCUCCCCCCCGCACCACUACCACGAGCCGUACUACGAGAAACCGGACAGGUCGGAGUCGUACCAGCAGAUGCCGCAGCCCCGGUCUGAGGUGUGGGAGCAGGACAGGUGCAGCGCGCGCGAGCGAGAGUACCCGUCGGCCGUGAUGGCGGAGCACAGGGGGUUCACCAGGAGACCGGUCACCAGGAAUUCCAAUUUACUGUCAGCCGUGCUGUGCCUGGUUAAAGAACUGGAUUAUCCGAGUCUCGAAGUAGCCGAGAUGGCCGUCAGAUGCAGAAUGGACGAGCUGGCAAACAGCCAGUGACACACGGCCGCCAAGGAUGGCGAACUCGAUCAGGAAUCUAAAGGUUAAAAAUUGGCUGCAGCAGAGUGAGGGAGCGGUAUUGGUUUUCGUAAACAGAGCGGUGUUGUUACUUCGAACGCUUUGAAGAACUCUGCUAAUAAUUUAUAUUUUUUUACGAGACCCCUGUGAAACUCAAGUUGUAUAUGCGCUAUACUGAAUAAACUAUUUAUAUAUGUAUAUAUAAAAAUGAAUUGCUGUUCGUUAGUCUCGCUAAAACUCGAGAACGGCUGGACCGAUUUGGCUAAUUUUGGUCUUGAAUAAACGUGGAAGUCCAGAGAAGGUUUAAAAGGUAGAUAAAUAUGAAAAUGCUCGGAAUUAAAUAAACAUAACAAUUUUGUUUUUCCUUUGAUGUGUCCCCCGUCGGACGGAUUCCUUUUGUUUGUUUUAAGUUUAUUUUAUACAAAAGUUUAGAUCUUUUAUUUAUCGAUUGAUGCACUAGCCAAAUCGGUUCAGCCGUUCUCGAGUUUUAGCGAGACUAACGAACAGCAAUUCAUUUUUAUAUGUAUAGAUAAUCUUCAUUAUGGAGGGUAGAGGUAAGGAGUGCCAUCUUGUAUAGGGGACAAGUUGUAAUAGUAUCCACGUGUAAAAGCAAGUUAUUAUUGGAAGACUCACCGAAAUAGCGCUAGUGUAGGAAGUGGAAAUUAUAUGAAUAUAGCAGCUAUAAACAAAGUGAAGUGUGCUAGUUUACUGAUGGUAGGACCUCUUCUGAGUCCGCACGGGUAGGUACCACCGCCCUGCCUAUUUCUGCCGUGAAGCAGUAAUGCGUUACGGUUUGAAGGACGAAGCAGCCGUUGUAACUAUACUGAACUUAUAUCUCAAGGUGGGUGGCGCAUUUACGUCGUAGAUGGGCUCCAGUAACCACUCAACACCAGGUUGGCUGUGAGCUCGUCCACCCAUCUAAGCAAUAAAAAAAAUAGUAUAUGGUGCUGUAUUUAAAAUCCUUCCACUUGCUACAGUGGCGCCAUCUUAAUUGGUCCUUUUCAGCGGAAACUUUUUAAUACACUGAACUGGUUCUCCUUACGUCUACCCUCCUUAAUCCUUAUGAGCAUGAAUUAACUACUAAAUUAUUAAAAUGUGAUUAAACUCUAGAUGCUUCUUUCAAGACAAACUGUGCAAAAACCUUUUCUAUAUUCAAUUUAAAAAGUUGAUCAAUGUUUUAGUAACGUUUUGUGGGUAUUUUUAUAUUCACAAGCUGUUAGGCCACAGUAUAAACUAAUUGGCGUGAGUACAUAAAUCGAUUUGUAAUAAUUAGAUAUUAAUUAAAUAAAAAUAAAAAAAAAAUGAACUGAUUGUUAGAUCGUAUGUUAAUGUCGGCGUUUUACCGGUGAGCGUGUUGCUCAUUUUGUGGUAAGUGAUCAACGAUAUGUAUAUGUAGAAAUGUGUAUAGAUAUCAGGGAUAGAGGUCCAAAUAAAAAUUUGUGUAGUUGAAUUUGCUAAACUAAGGGCUAUUUGUGUGUCAAGAGAAAACGCGGGUUGAGCUUAGUUCAGAGAAACGGUCCUCCGGUCCUCUUGUUGCCUCUCAGACGUCAGAUACCUUACAAAGGUGACGGUAUAGAGAUACCUUACAUACUGUUGGUCAUUUGCCCUGUGGACGUUUUAUCACCCAAAUGAACCUCAUGGAAUGAAUCAAUUAAUUAUAGUAAUAUUUGUUAUAAUAGUUAAUUUAAUAAAAGUAACUUGCCGUA